AUGGCUGGAAGGUGGAGGAACUUCACCGUUAAUCCUGAUGCGGACAGCUCAAGUCAAAUGUACUUCACCUCCUGGAUACACGACAGGCUCGAUCGAAAUGAGGGGUAUGAAGCUAUUCUUGGAGAUGACAUUGACCGUGUAAGUGAAGAAGAAAAGGAGAUUGCUAAAAAGUUGGUUAUGAUCGGAUUGUGGUGCAUACAAAUGGCACCCGCUGAAAGGCCUUCAAUGAGGGAAGUGGUAGAUAUGCUUGAAGGGGGGGACCUUGAAGGACUAACAUUGCCUCCUAAGCCAGCACUGUAUUAUCCAGAAUCAGCAGAAGAACUCCAAACCAGCCCUAGUUCUUCCGAAGCAUCCACGGAGCCGCUAUGCAGAUCUGUUACUUUAGAAAUUGAAACACAUUCAUGCUAG